AAUGAAGGAGUAGAACCAUCUCAAGGAGGAUCAGAAGAAAUGGACAGCAUCUUUAAGUGGGCUUUCCCUCUUCAAGGACUCAUCUCUGGCCGCCCCCUCAAAGGUAAGCUCCCCAUUUGGCGAUGCGGAAGGGAGAUUCCUCAGCUCUUCCAGGCAUACACCCCCUCCUCUGUGUGAUGAUGCCUUUACGCACCACUAUAAUAAGCGGAGACGUGAUUUUCUGGGGCGAAUCCCUGCCGACGUCACUCCCAGACCUUUAUAAAUAUCCCGAGCAAGAGCCUCUGAUCAGACUCAAACACAACCGCUUUUUCCGGCUACUACACUUCAAACCAAAGGAUUAUUGGAUUUCCCUCGUUAUUGAAUUGCCAAUCCUCCGUAAAAGCGCAAUGACUUUGAACAAGGGUGACAAAUUGCGGAACAUGGACAAGAGGAGAGGAAGCGUGCCGUUCCCCAUGAAUCUACCAAACCUGCACCGGAGAAGCAUGCCCGUGGACGACCGGGACCUGCGCGCCACGAUGCCACAGACCGGGCAGACCGACGAGCUGUCCAACCUCCUGCGCUGCACCUCCUACUCCCAGAGCGAGCAGCACCGCGGCAGCUGCGCGUCCGACUCCUCCGACUCCGUCAUCUCCACCGGCAGCGAGACGGAGUCCACGCUGCACAAAGUGGUCCUCCUCGGGGAGCACGGCGUCGGCAAGUCCAGCCUGGCUCGGGUCUUCGGAGGGGUUGAGGACGCUGGUCACGACUGCGAUGAAGCAGGAAACACUUAUGACAGAUCUAUCGUGGUGGAUGAAGAAGAGUCAUGCAUUGUGUUGUAUGACAUCUGGGAACAGGAUAACAGCCAGUGGCUGAAGGAACAGUGCAUGAGGAUGGGAGACGCCUACAUCAUCGUGUAUUCAGUGACAGACAAAUCAAGCUUCGAGAAGGCGUCAGAGCUGCGGAUUCAGCUGCGCCGGGCCAGGCAGUCAGAGAACAUUCCCAUAAUCCUUGUGGGCAAUAAGAGUGACCUGGUGCGGUCCAGAGAGGUGUCUGUAGAUGAGGGAAGCGCCUGUGCAGUUGUAUUCGACUGCAAGUUCAUCGAGACGUCUGCGUCCCUUCACCACAAUGUGCAUGACCUAUUCGAGGGCAUCGUCAGACAGAUCCGCUUGAGGAAAGACAGCAAGGAGGAGAACGCACGACGCAUGGCCAACUGCAGGCGCAGAGAGAGCAUCGGCAAAAAGGCCAAGCGGUUUCUGGGCCGCAUGGUCGCACGCAAGAACAAGAAGAUGGCUUUCAGGCAGAAGUCAAAGUCCUGCCAUGACCUAACAGUCCUUUGAGGAGCAAACGGGACAGACAGACAUUUUUUUUUAUUUGGCCUCUGAAGACCAGACGCUGUGUGUGUUUUAACACUAACCCUAAAGGACUAAUAGAGCUGUACAGAAAUAUAUUUUUACUUUUUAGACACCAACCAAAUGUAAAGAGCGGAUUUAAUUAAUAAAAAAAUGAGACUAUUCAAGUCAUAUCAUGAUAAUGGUGAAAACCUGCAUGAAGCUUUGCAAAAAUGUCUUUUAUUUUAUUAUUAUUUUUGUCUGCCUUAAACAUGUUGCUGUCAUAAUAGGCUGUGUAUGUAUGAAAAAUCCACAAAGGCUUGUUAUUUCUCAUGAGUUGCACAGAUUGCCUUGCUGUUGGGUUAUUGUUUUGCUCCUUUAUUGGAGGGGAUUGAUGUAAAUACUAAAACAUGAAUGUUGCUGAAUGCAACGUACAUCUCAAUAUCCUAAAAGACACGGUGAAGAAUCACAAUACUUGGUCAUCUGGAGUCAUAUUUACUUGAAACGUGGUACGCAGGUUCGUGCCUCAGCCAAGUUAUUGCGGAGUAUUCGAAGAUAUGAGAAAACUGUUUUUCUAUGUUGUUCAAUAACAUUAAAUUCAGGAUGUGAAUGUAUGAGUAAAGCAAUAAGUUAUAUAAAUCUUGUGUACCUUGACAUUGUUUGGAAAUUCUUUGUUUACGCUGAUUUCCUUUUUCAAUGAAAUAAAACAAA